CAGCGCGCUCUGACCCGCCGGCCGCGGCCCAGGCCCCGGCCCGGCCCCCCUGCCCGGGCUGGGGAUGAGGCCGUCGCCGGCCGGGAGGGAGGGCGGCCGGCGGCGGCGGCGAGCCGCGGGGGUUAUGGCGGAGAGCAAUGCAGACUGGAUGGGCUCGCUGCCGGCGGCGUUGCGUACCUACCCGCUCUCCAACCUGGCCAUACCGGGCUCACAUGAUUCUUUCAGCUACUGGGUUGAUGAAAAAUCUCCUGUGGGACCAGACCAAGCUACAGCUAUCAAACGUUUGGCCAGAAUUUCUUUGGUUAAAAAGAUCAUGAAGAAAUGGUCAGUGACUCAAAAUCUGACUUUCAAAGAGCAGUUGGAAGGUGGGAUCCGCUACUUUGAUCUUCGUGUAUCUUCCAAACCUGGGGAAAUAGGACAAGAGAUCUACUUCAUACAUGGCUUGUUUGGCAUCAAAGUAUGGGAUGGGCUGAAGGAGAUUAACACCUUUCUUGAGCAGCACCCCAAGGAAGUAAUCUUCUUGGAUUUCAAUCACUUCUAUGCAAUGGAUGACAGCCAUCACCACUUCCUGAUCAACAGGAUCCAGUCAGCUUUUGGAUCCAAACUUUGUUCUGUUGAAUGUGUAGAAUAUGUGACGUUACAGUACAUGUGGGAGAAUAAACAUCAGGUUCUCAUAUUCUACCACUACCCUGUGUAUCAGGAAUACUCCUUCCUGUGGCCAGGUAAUAAAAUGCCAGCGCCAUGGGCUAAUACAACCAAUGUGCACAAACUGAUACAGUUCCUGGAGACCACUCUUGAGGAACGAAGUCGUUAUGGAACAUUUCAUGUUUCUCAAGCAAUUCUGACACCUCGAGUGAGAACUAUUGCACGCCAUCUAAUUCGUGGUCUGAAGAACACACUUGUUCAUAGGAACCUGCCCAUGAUUUUGAAUUGGGUGAAAGCACAGAAGCCGGGUGUUAUGGGUGUGAACAUCAUUACAUCAGACUUCGUGGAGCUGGUUGACUUUGCUGCUACAGUUAUUGCAUUAAACGACCUCCUUCUAGAAGAGGAUGAAUCUGCAACUAAAUCCUGAUUGCUGUGUCCCACUUGUGCUCCUCAGCGGACAUCUUCAGACUAUGCUAAAUGUUUUGUUGAAGUGAAAUCUAUUGUAGUCUGUUUAUUUAAAAGAAAACUUUUCUGGAGGAAACUUGGUUAACCAUCACGUACAGGCAGGUCCCUUCUCCCAGUGCUGUCUGAGUGCUGCUGUGUGUCUGUCUGUGGCUACGUGUUGGACUUAAGUUAUGCACACAUCUGCUGCAGUCUGGUGCGGUGUCUGCCUGCCAGCAAGGGGCUGGGCUGGCCUCCGCAGCAGAUGUACCCGAUUACGGUGCGUGUCUCCCCGGUGACUGGACCCCCAGUGCCCUUGUGUGUGCAUCCUGCUUGUUUCUUGACACCAGGGCCUGAACCAAGGAUCGCUGCUGCUCCCUCAGCAGCAGUGUGACCAGGCCGGCUGAGAAGGUAUUGUUCAUGGGCCACCUCGGGCAUAGCUGGGCUCAGCUGGAGGCCGCUGCUGUAUUCAUUACCCUGUUUUAGACACUACCUCUGAGCUACUUGAAGAAACAAUAUUACCAUUGUUCAGGGGAAAACUUACACUGUGUUGAAUAUAUGAACUGUCCUUUGGGCCCGAGAGGCAAAGGCUUGGCACACUGCCUCUUUGGAUUCCAAACUUCUUCUGGACCUCUUUAUUUUACUGUAACAUAUUUAUUGCAGCCAUGUUUAUAAGUGUGUUUCUUUUGGCAUUAAUAUCGACAAUAUUUCAGUCCUCAAAUCACGAGGAUUAUAACUCAAGUCUGAACUCCUGUUGAGACCUUUAGGAAACCACAACACAACCUUUCUCUUCCGCUUGCUGGUCAUGUGUUUUUUCCAUCCAUCGAGUUUUCGUUGGGGAAUGACACUGAUGGCCUUUCUCUGGAAGGAGUAGGGCUAAGUGGGAGUUUGCAUGGAUGUGAAGGACUGGAGCUGACAGGGAUUGCUCAAAACCAAAAUAUGACACUGAUUUGCAAUGUGACAGCAAAUUCCAAAAUUGGACCCAAAAGUUGUGUUUGUAGUCGGAGCCACAGCUAUGGGGGAGAAACUUCCCCAGCCUGCACCCACUUGUGACAAAGCAAGCAAGUCACACAAGCAGAGCCACUCAUCAGUGCUGCUCCUUUCUGUUGUCAUACUCAUUUGUGUGUUGAUUCACAAAAAAAACAUGACCAUGUGUGCUUGAGCCAGUGCAAGUCACACUGGUACUUGUCAGCACUUAAUUGACUAGCUGAUAGCAGUCCUGCAGUUUGAUUUAUCUUUUGUUUAAAAAAAAAACCAACCAUGAGUGACUGAUUAGCAGAUACUUGUCUGCUUUAGUCAUAUUCCUAAAGCAGCUGUUGGUGCACUACUGAACUCAGUGAUUAUGAUUUUUGUAUUAAUCUCUAAACUAUUCAUAAUAGAAUGGAUUGUCUUUAUAGGUAUUUUAUUCAAAAGAAAAGUGAGUCUCCAGAUCUGUUAUUUUUGUUACUGUAUUCGAUGUCUACCAUUCUGGUCUGACAGCUCAGAAAAAUCUAAAACGUCUUUGCUUGUCAUAAACUCUGAACUCAGGACAAAUUUAUCUAGAAGAUCUACAAACCUUCCAGGUGAACCUUGGCCGAGUUCUGAGCAGACUGCAACCUGAUUUAUCUGCUUGUUGCAUGAUUUUCAUUAGGGUUCUUCCAAAUUUUAACUGAAACUUUUUGUAAGGGAAUUGUGGGUGAGGGGGUGCCUUGUCUCAAGCUGUGCUUCUCCAUUCCUUUUGUUUCAGUGAUGGGGGGAAAUUGCAAAAAUCAGGUCUUGGGAACUAAAGCUCAAAUUUCUAGUUUAAACUUGCUUUGAAAACCCUGGCAGAAGGUUUUUAUUUUCAGGGGUUUUUUUCUUGUCGAUGAAACUGUUGGAACCUGUUUUGAGCAGUGAUAUUUUGUUUGCAAAGUUAUUUAAAACACCUGGAUUUUCCUGAGCUGAGUUUUGUUGACCUCCUCUUCUCAGUCCCAGCUGAAACUCCGUGAUAGUGUUAAAUGUAUGGGUUUGGUUUCAGUGGUCAUUUAGCUGCAAAUUGUCUUAGAGCUCAGAAGAACUCGUUUGAAUGUUGAUGAGGCAGAAGUGAUAGGUUUGCAAAGCUUCCUGCUAGAGCUGGAGGACAAGGCGAGAAGGUGAGGUGAGUAUGAUGAUUGCGUUUGACCCUUAAUAUAUUUUGUACUGUAUAUAUCUACCUCAGAAGAGAUUUAUUUGGCUUAACCAAUACUCAUGUUGUGCAUGCACAGCGAUGACUGCUAGUCCAGUUGUAUUUAUUUGACUAGAGAUGCGAUGGUUGUAACUCAGGGCUUUGGUUAGGUAUUUUUAAGUACCAGCUCAAGAAGUUUAAAGUGUUUUCUGUUAGCUCUUGUAUCUUGAAAUAGGACAAAAGCAUGCUAGGUGUUAAGAGUGUGAGCAGAGGGAAAAGAAAUGGAACAUAACUUUAGAAUUAAUGAUGAAGUGGGGGAAGAAUUUCUGUACAUUUUGCUUGUCUGAAGAGACUUGUGUGUCAUUUCAGAGCAGUGCUCGGUGUUAUGCCUCUGUGAGGAAUCUGACAGCCUCCAUAGUGAGUUGGGCAAUUAGCUGUCAGACACGACUGCCUGUGACAGAGUAUCUCCUGUGGGUAUCCUGGGCAGCGUUAGUGCUGAUGUUUAGAAUCGGUUUUAGGUUAGUCCUAAACAAUCCUAAACAAGACUACCUACCUUUCUUGUGUUACACAUGAUAGCCCGUUCCAAAGCAACCUGUAUUAAUAGGCUUGUGUCUCUGAUACACCACUGCAGCGUAUCCAGAUGCCCUGACCCUUUGUAAAAUGGAAGCCAUCUGGAACUGGACUUCAGGCUGUGGACUCUAUUUUUCCAGCAUUAUAAAAUUAAAAGGUGAGCUGGGCGGAAAGGGAGGGUUGAGGAAGUAGGGCAGCAGUUUGCAUCCAGUGCCCACGCUGGAGGUGUGGCAGUGCUUAGCCAGGUUUCGGGCAGCAGAGUGGAGCAGGUCUGGCAGGUGAGUGACAGCGGCCACAGCUCAUACUGGGAACUCUGCAGGGAGUGUAGCCGCUGAGCACAGAGCAGCCUGCGGGGUCGUGUGUGAAUGGGCUUGAGGAAAAUAAAGACUGGCAUGAACGCAAGAGGAGGCUGAGGGCUUCUUGCUGUCGUAGACCUGCACCUGUAGCAUGGGGUGGUGUAGCCUUGCUUGUGUCUGCCCAGAGCAGCAGGGUCACUUGAACAGUCUACCUGGAAAACUCCCGCAGAAGAAUUAGGAGGACUUGACUGUUCUGUCGGUGCUGGGAGAAGAAAAGCCAGGAAACUAGCAGCUGCCUGAGGCAAAGUACCUACUUGAAUUGCACGUUCUUGAAUAUUUACUUUUAUGGUUUAUUACGGAUUCAGGUUACUUAUACAUUGUUUUAUGACUGUUUCUCUUACUAAUGUGCAAUCACUGAAUACUGAGCACACGGGUGGUACGCCUGUUCUGGCACGGACAGCUGCUGUGUGCAGUUUGAGGGCAUACCUGUGGCUCAAGGAGACCUCUGCGCGUAUCCCUGAUGGGAGAAGGUUGUGAGGAAGCAUAUGUGAGUCUUUAGUAUCUUACUGUGUGCUCGUAGGUGAAAACAAAGAGGAAAUACUAGAUUUUGCAGACUGAUAAUCUCUCAGCCCCUAUUUGGGAGCUGCUGUCCUAACAUAUUUAACAGCUGUGGAGCUGGGAGUUGUAAUGUUAAUGUUAAUAUUUUUAAAUUUUUCUGAGAACAGAAGACAGAUUCCUGCUGUCUAAUUUUGGAAUUGAAGGAAUACCAACUUGUGUGUGUUGCUGUGAUGGUGAGGAUCCUGCUGGAGACAGUGCUGGCCAGGUGCCUUCCCGGGGUGCUGCAGUCAGUGAGGGAUGUCAGACUGGGGGUCUCCAGAGCAGAAAUACUGCAAAAAGGCCCCCACUCUGCUAAACAGACUUGUUGGAGAAGAAAGGAAUAGUGGGAGAGUAGUGUCUUUGCUCUGAACACAUGCUGUUUUCUGCUGUGUUGGUACUGAGUAUGUUGGAGUUCAAAAGCACCUGUACUGUAAAGCUGAGGAAGCAUUUCUGAGCAGGGAUUUUGGCUCCAACAGAAGUAGGGCAUCUGCCAAGGUGCUAAUCUAUUGUUCUUAUCUGGCUGAGCCUUUGGAAGUAUUUGCUUUGUGUACCUCUACCAUCUAGUAGACCAGGGUUUGGGACUUCUAUAGAUAAAUAGACAACGUCGCCAUUAUGGUUUAAAAUCGGGUUAGCUAUGGAAGUCUGACCAUGCACGUGACACCUGAGGUCUACUUGAAUAUAUGGUAUUUCAUGUGAAGUCUGUAUGCAGUUUUAAUCGGACUUCUAUCUAGGCUUGAGCCUGUUGUUGGCAGUCCCCAAUAAGCAAAUUCUUUGGUCAGAGGACCGCUGUUUGGGGCAAAACUUCGGGCAAACUUUCAGUGGUUCUUUAUGCACAGAGAAGUUGUCUGUGAGGAACAGAACUGACUCAAACUUCAUUUGAAAUUCAGAUCUGGUCAAGCUGUAGUCCAUUUGGCAGUGGGAAAGAUGAUUAUUUUUUCCUGUGUCUGACAGGAAAUUUUUACUCCAGCUUUGGUUUUUGACUCAACAGAUGGGUAGAAGAGCCAGAGCAUAUGCUGAAGAGCAAAUAGCUUUUAUGCUAAGGACAUGUACGUUGGGCUAACUGUUAAAGAAUACAGUGAUUUACUUAGCCACACCUUUCAAUGAUAAUCCUGUUUAGCUGUUUGAUUUAGGUUGUUAAAUUAGUCUCUAUUAUGUAUUUGAAAAAAAUCAGUCCCACUACUUUGUCUUGCUGAAGUGUGUGUACUUCUCUGAGCGUGUUUAUUUCCCUACAAGUCUUAUCGAGUAGACAAGCUUUAACUUUUUAAUUGUAGGGGCUGGAAUAGGAAUGUCAGUUCCAGAACUGUUUGAAUGUGAUUAUAUCUUGUAUUCCUGGAUAUCUGUGUUGUCGUUCAUUAAAAACAGUACUUACCCUUUGUUAGGUCUGUGACUUUCCUCUGUAUCUCACUUAAAUUGAACUGCAGAUAAUUCUGAACAGUAUUGAUCAGCACAUCCUAUAUAAAUAAUUUUGAUCGUUCUUUGAUUUUCAUCAGUGGCAAACAUAUUUUGCAAUUGGGUUUUUCUGUUUGUACUGUGGAAGGGGGCAGAGGGAGCAGAGUGCACUGCAGAUAAACUUGGGGUUGACAACUGUUUCUUUCUGCUUUACUCUGCAUCUAUGUCAUUACGAGUUUUUAUUCCUGAAAAUAAAAGUACAACUUGAGUCAAUCA